CUCUCGUCCUUAGAAUAUUCUCUCUCUCUCUCUCUUCAUAUAUAUUUUCUUUUUAACUCUAUAAAUAUACCAAUUAUUCACCCACCCCAUAACACUUGUGUUCAAAAUUCAAUAAAAAUGGAAGCCGUGAAGGAGGAGAGCGACGGGAGCAUAUGGGAAGGGUAUGUGGAUUGGCGGAAGAGGCCUGCAGCCAAAGGGCGGCAUGGGGGAAUGAUAGCGGCUGGAUUCGUAUUAGGAGUUGAAGUGUUGGAGAAUUUGGCGUUCUUGGCAAACGCAAGUAAUUUGGUGAUGUAUUUGAGGAAAUAUAUGGGAUUUUCACCGGCGAAAUCGGCCAACCAUGUCACGACGUUUAUGGGAACGGCGUUUCUUCUUGCACUUCUUGGUGGUUUCUUAUCGGAUGCCAUUUUCACAACUUAUUACGUCUUCAUUUUCUCCUCUUUCAUUGAGUUUCUGGGGUUAGUGAUGCUGACAGUGCAAGCAAAGGUGAGUUCAUCAUGCGAGGAGGGGAGCUCAAAGGGGUGCAAGGAAGUAGGGGGGAAAGAGAUGGCGGUGCUGUUCAUAGGGCUGUACUUGGUGGCGUUGGGCGUCGGUGGAAUAAAGGGGUCACUGCCGGCGCACGGGGCAGAGCAGUUCGACGAAAGCACCCCACAAGGGAGGAAGAGGAGGUCUAGUUUCUUCAACUACUUUGUGUUUAGUCUGUCAUGUGGAGCCCUUAUUGCAGUGACAUUCGUGGUUUGGAUUGAAGACAACUUGGGGUGGCAAUGGGGUUUUGGAAUCUCAACUAUCAGCAUUUUUCUAUCCAUUCCUUUGUUCUUUGCUGGUUCUCCUUUUUAUCGUAACAAAAUCCCCACCGGUAGUCCCCUUACCACCAUUCUCAAGGUACUAGUAGCAGCAACAUUGAACCGUAGGAGCAACAAAAAACCAGCAACAAACGCAGUGGCAAGCCUUGCAAGAAGCCCAUCAACUACAUCAACCCCAAAGCAAUUAAUCAAUAAAGACCUAACAGAAAACAAUGUAACUACUCCAACUCAAAGCCUCAAAUUCCUAAACAAAGCAGUACAAAACCCACCUUUCCACCCAUCACUAAAAUGCACAACCCAACAACUUGAAGACGUUAAAAUAGUCAUAAAAGUCCUCCCAAUCUUUGCAUGCACCAUAAUACUCAACUCAUGCUUAGCUCAACUCUCCACUUUCUCCAUAGAACAAGCCGCCACAAUGAACACCAAAAUCUACUCCCUCAAAAUCCCCCCAGCCUCCCUCCCAGUCUUCCCUGUCCUAUUCAUCAUCAUCCUCGCCCCUCUCUACGACCAUCUCAUCAUCCCCUUCGCUCGAUCCCUCACUCGCACUGAAGCCGGCAUCACCCACCUCCAACGCAUUGGUGUCGGCCUCCUCCUCUCUGUCCUUGCCAUGGCUGUCGCUGCACUCGUCGAGACCAAACGUAAGGCCGUGGCUGAUGCCAACCCGGAUGUGCACGGCCCGCUUCCCAUUACGUUCCUUUGGAUUGCAUUCCAGUACUUGUUUUUGGGGUCGGCAGAUUUGUUUACGUUGGCGGGUUUGUUGGAGUUUUUCUUCACGGAGGCUCCGACUACUAUGAGGUCUUUGGCUACGGCUCUUUCAUGGGCUUCGUUGGCUGUUGGGUAUUAUUUAAGUUCGGUCAUUGUAUCGGUUGUGAACCAUGUGAGUGCCAAAGCUUGGCAUAGGCCUUGGCUGUCUGGACACAACAUUAAUCACUACCGUCUUUCUAACUUCUAUUGGGUUAUGUGUGUUCUUAGUGGCCUCAAUUUCUUGCACUACCUUUUUUGGGCCCUUAAGUAUAAAUAUCGAUCCACCCAAGGGAACAAAUGAUAUGUAUAAACAUAUGUUAUUCUAUCAUGUCAAUAUAACCUAGUGUUUCAAAUA